AUGUCGGGGAGUAAUGUUGUUCAUAUCGACAAAUUGAGCCUGCAUGACACGACAGCACUAAACGACAAUGAACAAUCACUGCAUUUGUCGGACCUGGAGUCCAUAUACAAGCUAGGAAUGAGCCAUCAUGAAAAUGGAAACAUCAAAGCUGCAGAAGAUCUUCUAUUCCGUGCUGCAGAAGGCUACGAAAAAGCUUGCGGACUCCAAGAUACGAAAACUCUUGACGCCCUCGAAUACCUUGGUAUCACAUAUCGAAAACUGGUCAAGCUUCAAGAAGCCGAAGUCACACAUACACGUGUCGUUGAAGCCCGAACAUUACUUGCGGGUCCCGAGCACCAAACAACACUUGUGGCAUGGAAUAGACUGGCGAUGGUAUAUCGCGCCCAAGGCAGACUUGAUGAAGCCGAAAGUGUCUACCAAAGAGUUUGGAAAACACUCGAUAAAACCCUAGGACCAGAUGAUGAAGCAACGCUCAGAGCAGCUGUAUCCCUCGGGAAUUUGGCCUAUGGCAGGAGGAAGUACAUUGAAGCAGCAGAAAUCUACACAUCCACAUUGGGUCACUAUGAGAUCGUUCUCGGAGCUGAUCAUUCAUCUACGCAGCAGGUAGCUAGUAACCUAGCUGCUGUCUUUAUUCAACAGGGAAAACAUCCAGAAGCCGAGCUUAUACUUGUUGCACUUGUGAAUAAAAUUCGAGAGAGCCAAGGAUCGAAUAGCGUCCGGCUCUUGCCGCCGCUUCUCAACUUAUCUUACGCCUACGGUGGUCAGGAGAAACAUGACGAGGCAUUGAAAGUCCUGGCAUCAGUUCUCGACUCAUAUGAAGGGGUUUAUGGACGGAAUCAUCCUAAAACAUUGGGAAUCAUGAAGCGACGGGCAGAUGCGUUGGCAAAACAAGCCCAUCUCACUGAAGCCAUUGAGAUGAUCCAGAAAGGAAUAUCGCUGUCCUCUGAUUCAGAAGAGUCCAAGACCCAAUUGAUGAUCUCUCUAGCAAAUAUAUUCAUUCAACAGUCCAAGUUUUCUGAAGCCCGUGAAAUCUAUCGUCAAUUGUCAGAAGAAUCUGAAAAGAGCUUUGGCAAGGAUCAUGACUCAACAAUCCGACAUCUCAUAAGCGAAGCAGAGGUGCUCUUCAUGCAGCGGGAGUUUUUGGAAGCCGAGUCAAUAUUCAAAUAUGCCACAGAGCGAUAUACAAAAACGAUUGGUGCCGAAGCAGAACAAACUUUGUGGAGUCUGAUGGGUCAGUGCCAUGCUGCUUGUGGGGCAGGAAAGAUCUCCGAAGUUGAAUCGUCAAUUUGGUUGUUAUUUGAAACGUGUGAGGUGCAUAAAUCUCUUCGAAAUGGUCGAGCAAUUCUUGUUUUCCAAGACCUGAGCAAACACUGCGUACAAAACAAAAAGUUCAAAGAAGCAGACGCCCUGAUGACCAAAGGAUACGAAAUAUGCCAAAAACUUUUUGAUCGUGGGCACCCAGUUACAAUAUUCUACGGAUUGAAAGCGGACAAAGUGCGACGACAGCAGAGGCGACAUCAACAAGGUCUUCCUGUUGAUAUCGCAGUAGUACCACAAGGAGGUGAUCAGACACCUGACUCCCUAAUUGACAUGUUCGAAUUUGUGGUUUCGCUCACUACAAAGCCUAAUGACCCAUCGGCGCCACUGCCAUCUGGAUUAAUCGCAAAUCUGGCCAUGUCAUACGGAGAAAAGUGGGUUGAGAGUAAAGACAUCUUCUACUUGAAUAAUGCCAUUGACAAGCUUGAGACUGCCAUUCUGGUCGGAAAAGAGGACGAACCGGACAGAUCUAAAUGGCUUGACAGGCUGGGAAAAUACUACAAGGCUAGAUUUCAGGCAACAAAUGGCCUUGAUGACCUCCGGAAAUCUAUAGAUGCCACCCAAGCGGCCAUUGACCUCCAGAAACAGGCCAAUGAGGUCAGUCCCGACGAUCUUAGUUAUUUAGCAGAGAGUCUGAUUGAUCUACAUGAGCGUGACUCGACGAUGGAACCGCUGAAUAAGGCAAUUGAGCUCGGCCAAACGGUAAUAUCAUCAACGGAUUUGAAUGAUGUGGAUCGGGCAAAGUAUUUAGGCCGCCUUGGUAUGGCGUUCAUGUUACGCUAUGAAAUGAGCGGGAUUAUUGAAGACCUAAAUAAUUCAUUUGACUUUAUUGGGGAAGCGAUGAGUAUGACGCCCAAGUCUGAAUCUCGUUGGAAAAGGUUAUGUGCCUCAUACGCAGAUCUGCUAAGGCAUCGAUUCAAGCACAACGGGGAAAUUCAAGAUCUUGAAGAGGCAGUUAAUUCCAUUGCAACAGCCAUCAAUGCUGGAUCUGAAGAAGACCCCUCGUUACUUGAGUCACUGGCAAGGCAGUUAGGUUAUCGAUAUGAUGCCUUGGGCAAGAUGGAAGAUCUCGAUAAGUCCAUUGUUGCAGCCGAGAGGGCUGUAGAGCUUUGGGACAAGUCCAGCAAAUAUUUAGCGGAUGGUCUAAUGAGAUUGGGCUAUCUUUUGAUGGAUCGAUUUGAAGCAACAGGUCACCAAGAGGAUCUUGACCGUAGCAUCGUGUAUCUAGCGGAAGCUAGUAAAACACCAAAGACAAACUCAACCGCAGAAGCCAGAUGUCUUAGUGGACUAGCCAACGCAUUUUGGCUGCGUUGGAUGCGCACAAGAGCGUCAGAUGAUCUCGAAGAAGCUAUUAACAAGGAAAGACUUGCUCUCGAGGUUGUUUCAGAUAGUGAUUUGGGAAAGGUGGAUGUCAUGAAUAAUCUUGCCAACAUCUUGAUUGACAGGUUCAAAGAAACCAAAGAUUUGAGCGAUAUCGAAGAGGCUAUUCAAUUUAUUGAAAAGGUGUUGUCGUCUCGGCCGUCCACUCACAUGCAUUACCCGGGAAAUCUGAACAAUCUUGCCAAUGCCAUUGAAGCAAGAUACAAGGAGCAAGCCAAUAUCGUCGACUUGAAUAUGGCGAUUGAGAAAUCAGAAGAAGCGCUCUCUUUAAUGCGUGAAGAUCACCCAAGCCGUGCUGGAUACUCAUUCAAUCUCGGUGCCAGAUACUACGCCCGCUACCAGAAAGAAGAUAAUAGCCAAGACAUGCAGAAUGCUAUCGAUCGAUUUUUGGAGGGUUGGAAAGCCCCCAGUGGACGCCCAUUUGAUAGAGUGCUAGCUGGUUCACAGGCAAUCUACAAACUGAGAGAUACGGGAAGACUGGAAGAAGCUACCACCAUCGCGAUGGAAGUCGUCGACUUGCUUCCUCAGGUUACGACAAGAUCACUCAACGUCACCGAUCAGCAGUACGUUGUUCGCGAGUUUUCUGGGAUUGCAGGCAAUGCAUGUUCUCUCCUCUUGAGCCUGGGGAGAUUGAAUGAUGCAUUGGAAUAUCUCGAGAAAGGAAGAACAGUCAUUCUAGACUUGUUGAUGAGCAAUCGGAUGAAUCUUGGAGACCUUGAAGCGAUAUCACCGGAAUACGCAGCAAAGUUCCGACAGCUACAAGAUCAAAUUAAUAAAACAUUUGACUCUGCAAGGAUCGACAGCGUCGGAGCGGAGACGCUGCUUCAAAAGCGUCUCUCAUCUGUUUCUCAAUUCAAUGAAUGUGUUGAAGAAAUACGGAAACUACCGGGACAGUCUCGAUUUCUUCUUGGACCCGAAUUGAAUGAGAUUAGGGCAGGAGCAAAGAAUGGGUGUAUCGUCAUUAUGAAUAUCACAAAUCUCCGAAGCGAUGCCAUAAUUAUAUCCCCUGAGAAGAUUGAUAGUAUCGAGCUUCCUAAUCUAUCACGUCAACGGGGGUUGGAAUGGCUCAACAAAGACCUCACUCGGAAAGCGAAGAACGCAGCAGAGCGCAAAAGAAAAAAUGCGGAAUACAGGGACCUUCUUCACUGGCUGUGGACUUCAGGCGUGAAGCCCAUAUUUGAUCGAAUUGGAUUGAAGCCGCAGUCUUUGACGCAGAAGCUGCCCAGGGUAUGCUGGAUAGCAAGCGGUAUUGCAAGCAUGCUACCAUUUCAUGCGGCCUGUGACCAAACAGCCAGUGAUACGGAGAACACAUUCGAAUAUGCAAUCUCGUCUUAUUCGCCCUCAAUUAAGACAAUGUUUCAAGUUCGCGCAAAGUUGAGCAAUGACGCAAAAGUCGCUCAGCCAAGUCUAUUAAUGGUUGGAAUGCCGACAACAAAGGGCCAUGCAUCACUUCCCGGCGUUGAAGACGAGAUAGAUGAUAUCCAAGAAGCAGUUGAGGAUUCAUUUUCUAUUAAAAGCCUCAUCCAACCACAGCCUGGACGGGUCUUGUCCGAUUUAUCAUCCCAUGAUAUAGUGCACUUCGCAUGCCAUGCCGUAUCUGACAGUAGAAACCCACUGAAUGGCCACUUGUUACUUCAGGCAGAAGAAUCUGAACUCCCGGGGACUGCUGAACGCGGCGCGUUGACUGUAGAGUCGAUUAUGAAAAUGGAUCUCAAGAGAGCUCGUAUCGCGUAUCUCUCUGCGUGCUCGACUGCGGAAAAUAAAGCAACCAAGCUUCUAGAUGAAGCUAUUCAUCUUGUUAGUGGUUUCCAGGUUGCUGGUUUUGCCCACGUUUUGGGGACUAUGUGGCCUGCGCCAGAUUUAGUCAGUCAUAGUGUUGCGGUGGGCUUUUACGAGAAUCUCACGUCACUGUUGUCACCAGCGUCUGCUGCUGACGAUGGAAGAGCUGUUGCUGAGGCCUUCCAUUCAUCGGUUAAAGAAGUUCGAUCUGACUUUGAAGAGCAGCCGCUUAGAUGGGCUCAGUUUGUUCAUUUCGGUGGCUAG